CGUCAGCAGCAGCUCCAGCCUCCCGGGUGACGGCGGUGCGGGGGAGGGUGUGUCUGCCUGGUACUGGCUGUUUCAGCUCGCCACAGGACCAGUGUGGAGUGUGUGUAAGAAAGUGUAUGAGUGUGUGUAGUGUAGUAAGAGUGUGUUGAGCGGUACAGGAGUAUUGAGUGAACUGACCGGAGCUCAGACCUGAGGGAAACGUUAACUUUGCGACAGUUCCAGCUGAGACUUCUGUCUGGAGCCGAAACAGUUUUUCCUGGCUCGCUAAUCCGCUGAUUUUACUGGAGUUUGUUCUCAGCUGUUCGGAGUUAAACUCGACUCUUCUGCUCUUCAUUCAGCUUCAGUUUCUCGUCUUCAAAAUGUUCAGGAUUGUCAGGAGCGCGUGGACUCUGGUACUGUGUCUGCUGGCGUUUGUUUCCACUGGAGAAGCCGAUGAGUGCUCCAAACCUACCCUGACUGAUAAGAUGGUGUUAACUGAUGACUCUAGUCUGAAGAAUGACUUCCCAGAUGGAUCUAAAGUGACUAUUGAGUGUGCUUACGGAUUCGACGCGGAUCAUGGAUCAGACACCAUCACAUGUACUGGUGGUACCUGGAGUGAUGUAGAACUAGUAUGCAAAAAAAAAGAUUGUGGUUCUCCCCCAACUUCACCCAAUCUGAUGUAUAACAUGUCAGCUGGCACGCUGUUAGGUGCAUUAAUCCAGCCAGUUUGUGAUGAAGGAUAUUAUCUACAGGGCUCCAGCUUCAGGCAAUGCCUUCCGUUUGGAUGGAGUGGAACGGUUGAGUGUUUAUUGAUUACAUGCGAUAAACCUACUGAGAUUUUAAAUGGCAUGAUCACCAAGCGCCCAGACAGCGAGUUUCCUAAAAUGGACGAUGUUAUUGAGUACACUUGUAAUCCUGGUUUCAAGCUCAUAGGCAACAAAUCCAUUUUGUGUCAAGAGGAUAGUGAAUACAAUAGCGUACCCCCUGUGUGCACACCUAUCGAGUGCCAAGUUCCACAUGUCCAGUUUGGUGUUCUAAAAGAAAAAAAAUCCAACUACACACAUAAAAGUGAGGCUGUAUUCCAGUGCCAGUCAGGGUACAUAAUGGAAGGCUCUCCCAGGAUUGUUUGUGAAGAGCAUGGCUGGUCCACACUUCCUGUCUGCAUUAAGGAAAGUUAUCGAACGACAAAAAAAGUCACAGCCACCACAGCCAGCACAAGCACAAGCACAGGCUCCAGCAGCACAACACUUGGCUUAAAAGAAAUGAUGCCUGGUCCACCUCCAAAUUCUCCAGAUUCUCCAGAUCUUGGAUAUACUCUAGCAGUUAUUGGAUGUAUAUUCUUUGCUUUAGUAGUGUGUUUCUGUAUCGUGGCUAUUGUACGUCACCACAUAAAACGGAAAGGAUCGUAUGACACUGGAGAAGCCUUGAAGACAAAAGAAGAGUUAUUGCUAAAAACACCUUCAAAUCUAACGCCUAUAUAAGGCUGUAUAACCGGACUGCCCCUACUGCCUGAUCUGCUUCAGUUUUUCCUUGGAACUUUAUGAACUCUUUGAUGAAGCAGUGACAUUUUACAUCCUUAAAACGACCAAAAUGACAACCAUAAGCAUUGGUUUGCACAUUUAUAGUAAUUUAUUUUCGUAUGUCUGUGUUUUAUACAUACUUUUUUAUCCAGUGGAAUAAAAAUGUGUUAUUUUUUCCAGUUUGAAGAAAACAACGUGCCUGAGUUCUCAGUUUUCUAAAUGUGUCCCAAGGAAAUUCCCUCACUAAUUAUCAGCCAUUCCCACAAAUCACACCCUGGCUGUUAAGCAUUUCUCCCAGUUAUCAUAUUUUAGCACUGGUGACCCAUUGUGUAGCCUUCUAGGCCAGGGAAGUGAAAUCAGGUGAUCAGUUAUCUUCAGGAGAAGGUUUUGUGGAUCUCAGGGCUGGACGCACGUUUUUGAAUAUAGAUCAAGUCUCAACAGUCUUGCACUGUGCCCACGUUCUGUACGCAAACUGGCGCACAGGAACACAGAACACCUUUUUCCUCUGCCGCUUUGUGUGCAAUGUGGUGGGCAGAAAUAGAGCUCUGCUUUGUCCCUGUCUGCAGGGAAACGGCAAAGACUGAUGGUUUAAGCUCCACCCAGCUGCAAGAUGCAUCAUCCAGUGAGAGAAAAUCAAUAUGAAGCUCAUUCAGAGGUUGUGCCGUUGGAUCUGCCUAACAGACUGAAGGUGUACGAGUCAAGCUACCCGGGCAGAGACAGGUGAAUGUAAUGCCUCAAAGGCAUCAUGAGUAUAAGCUGCUCGGAGGAUAUUCAUUAAAGUAAUAAUAAUGUAAAUAAAAACUAUUUGUACUAUAUACAUAUAUAAUGUUACAUUUGGGCUCAUUAAAAUUGUCUUGACUUUGUUUUAGCAACAAACAUCUGUAUUGACAACCAUGUUUGUGUUUUACACAAAUUACAUUUAUUCACAAAAGUAUGCUUAAAUUAGGCUGAAAUAGGUCUGUAUUUAAGUUAUGUUAUUUUGAAACCACUAAUUUGUACUUAUUUACUACUUGUUUGUAAUUAAAAUGAUAUACAUUUGCACUAAAUUUAUACUGAGUGUACAGUCAUACAGCUCUGGAAAAAAAUAAGAAACCACUUAACAAUUAUUAGUUUCUUUGAUUUUACCAAAUUUAAAACCUCUGGAAUAUAAUCAAGAGGAAGAUGGAUGAUCACAAGCCAUCAAACCGAACUGAACUGCUUGAAUUUUUGCACCAGGAGUAGAAUAAAGUUAUCCAAAAGCAUUGUGUAAGACUGGUGGAGGAGAACAUGCCAAGAUGCAUGAAACUGUGAAUAUAAACCAGGGUUAUUCAACCAAAUACUGAUUUCUGAACUCUUAAAACUUUAUAAAUAUGAACUUGUUUUCUUUGCAUUAUUUGAGGUCUGAAAGCUCUGCAUCUUCAACCAUUUCUAAUUUUCUGCAAAUAAAUUAUUUAAAUCUUAGGAGAAAUGUUGUCUAUGGUUUAUAGAAUUAAACAACAAUGUUUAUUUUACUUAAACAUAUAGCUAUAAAUAGCAAAAUCAGAGAAACUGAUUCAGAAACUGAAGUGCUCUUUUAAUUUUUUCCAGAGCUGUAUGUUAUUUUCGCCACUAUUUGAUACAACUUAAGUAUGUUUGUGUGAGCUGUGCAACCAAACAAAUAAAGAACAUAUUAACAUAUGCGAUUAACAUAUAGAUUAACAUAUACAUUUAACAUCACAUUCAUUUUAAGGAGUGUAAUUAUAUAAAAUGAUAAAAUGCCACAUCACAGUUACACAGUUAUGGUUCUUCUAUUGCAUGGCUCUAAGAACCAUUUAAAGCACCUUUUGCAUUACACAAAAGAAAAAUGACAGAAAAAGAGGAUAUAAGCAACAACCAAUUAUUACCAAUUAUUGCUUCAUAUUUAUGGUUUAUAUGUAUAUGUAUGUUUUUCUUAAAUGAAAUGAAAACCCAAAAAUCAAUGUCUCAGAAAAAUUAGAAUAUUAUAUAAGACUGCUGUCAUCUGCUGGUGUUGGUCCACUGUGUUUUAUUAUCAAGUCCAAAGUCAGUGCAGUGUUUUCCUGAAAAAUCUUACAGCACUUCAUGCUUCCUUCUGCUGACAACUUCUGUGGAGAUGCAGAUUUCAUUUUCCAGCUGGACUUGGCACACUGCCAAAUAUAACCAUUGGCCUUAUAUUAUAUAAGAUUCAAAUUUUCUGAGAUAAUGAUUUUUGGGGUUUUUAUUGACUGUAAGCCAUUAGCAAUAAAAUAAAUAAUUGCCUAAAAUAGAUAAUUCUGGUGUGAAAUACAUUUAUAUAAUUUAUGAGUUUCACAUUUUGAAUUAAAUGACUAAAAUAAA